CGCGACUCGAUAUUAUUUGGUUGCGGUGAUCGUCGUCGUGGCGGCGGCGAGAGUCGGCGCGGCGCUGGGCGAGAGUCGGCGCGGAGCUGGGCGCCGCCGUAAUGGGUGAUGCCCGAUACUGAUACACGUGGACCGCGCCAGACAGAAAGAGAGGAAAGAUUUUUACGUAACCACCAUUGGGCGAACAUUAGAAUAUACCUGUUCGCGACGGCGGACGUGUACGCCCGCCAGCGGUGGAGGCGAGUUCAGCAUCUCGCGAACGUCUUCUGGAACCGCUGGAGGAAAGAGGUCGUCCUCGCUGCGCAGGAGCGCCGCAAGUGGACGAAAACGACGGAGAACGUCGAGGUCGGUGACGUUGUCCUCGUCAUGGAUGACGAGCGCCCACGCUCUCAGUGGCCGUUGGCGCGAGUCGUCAACACGUAUCCGGGCAGUGACGGCCUGGUACGCAAGGUGCGCGUCCUGAUGAACGGCUCGGAGCACAGAAGACCGGUUCACCGGCUGGUGACCCUGCUCCGUGCGGCACCUGGAGGCUCGGCUACGUGCACCGCCGAGUGACUGUGCACCGCCGAGUGACUGUUCCGUGCACCGCCGAGUGACUGUUCCGUGCACCGCCGAGUGACUGUUCCGUGCACCGCCGGGUGACUGUUCCGUGCACCGCCGAGUGACUGUUCCGUGCACCGCCGAGUGACUGCUCUGUGCACCACCGAGUGACUUUGCCCCGUUCACUGCGGCGUGACUUUGCCCCGUGCACUAUCGUGUGACUGCUCGGUGCACUGUCGGGCUACGGACCCGGCAGGUGAUCACGUGUGCUUAUGGUACUGUGAUGAAUUGAGCGCAAGAUUCCCCGUCAAGGGAGCCAGAAGGACAAAUUUGGUUGAAUGUCCCAAAUUUGGGGGAGCCAUGUGCCCGCGACUCGAUAUUAUUUGGUUGCGGUGAUCGUCGUCGUGGCGGCGGCGAGAGUCGGCGCGGCGCUGGGCGAGAGUCGGCGCGGAGCUGGGCGCCGCCGUAAUGGGUGAUGCCCGAUACUGAUACACGUGGACCGCGCCAGACAGAAAGAGAGGAAAGAGUAUGUUAUGAUUUAUUUGAUAUUUAUGGUUCAGUUAUGACCUAAAUAAUGUAUUGUUGUGUUACUACAUUCUUUUGUUACUGAUUUAUAUUUAUUUAUCGUAACUUUGGCUGUGAUAUUUUGUGUGCUUUUUAUGAAUGAGCGCCAUGAUUGUAGUAUCUCAUGUGUUUACUCGACUGAUUGUGUUAUUUUUGUGUAUUUUCAGUUUUUACGUAACCACCAUUGGGCGAACAUUAGAAUAUACCUGUAGUCAGCACUGAA